AUGGAAUCUGGUGAAUCGCAGGUUGUUGCGGAGCCUCCCGAACAACUCAUUCCAGCGGACCCAAAUGAUAUCCAAGAAUCCGAAAAAGAUAGAAGGUUACAAGCCCUCUUCGAAGCCUGCAAAAGCAAUGGUCAUCUCCGGGCCUUUCUUGAAGCAUACAAAGACGACGAGGAUCUGUGGAGCUUGCUUAGAGCAGUCCACAGCAAUGAAGCCGUCCGGGCCUUGAUGAAAGCAUACCGAGAUAACAAACAUAUCCGAACCAUCGUCCGCCACCACCCAGCAAGCGAACCGAUAGACGACUACAUCACAGAGUUUGAAACUCGCUGCAAGCUUUUUGCGAGAUUUCAGGAGUGCACCGAUGCAUGCAAUUUCUUGGCCUGGGAACUCACCCUCAAUGCGACCGUGUUCGCAAUAGUGAUGGUCGCGCCUAUUGCUAUCCUCCAAAGAGCCCUCAGCGAUCAACAGCAUCGCGAUGCAUGGCUGAUUAAUUAUUUUGGAAUGACCGAGAACCGUGCGGCUGAUGUGGUCAAGCGUUAUAGACCAGGCUGGCACGUUACAACUAAAUGGAUAUUAGAUGGUGCGUUUCGGAGGCCCAUAAAUGUUCGUUCUCAAAAUGGAAAUUCUGUCGAGUCGAAAAAGUGCCAACUUCGCGAUGAUUCUUCCUGUAUUUUUACUGGCAUGUGCGAUCCAGCAGAGUCAUAUAUAUUCCCCUGCAACCGCAACUCACGGGAUUUCCACCACUUAUUAUCGCUACUUCUGACUUUUUGGGGCGAAAGUAGCGGAAUGCGAUCGUAUUUGAUGGAGUUUGACGAUACCUACUUUCCUAAACGUGUGGAGAACAUGCUCUGUCUAAAUCGACAGCUACAACAUUGGUGGUACGAUGGGAGAUUCGCCCUGAAGCCUCUACGAAAAGAAGGGGAUAAGAUUAUAGUGCAAUGGCAUUGGCUAAAAGAUAGCUUUCUUCGCCCUAUGCAGCCAAUAAGGAUGACAGACGACAUGUCGAGUCUUGUCGAUCCCCAUGGCUGGGGUGAUGACAUUGAAGAAUCUUUUGCUCAGCAUAAGUCUGGCAGAAAGAUUGAAACUGGUCAUAUUUUUGCUAUUGGAGGCGGAAACCCGGAUCAUUUACCCGCCUUUGAACUGUUAGAGCUCCAGUGGUAUCUCGUAAGAGUGGCAGCUAUAUCUGGAGCUCACGGACCUUGGACGAAAGGUAUCUGA